AUGUGGAGAAAAAUGGACAAUGCACUCCCUCAGUUGCACCAAGUGUCACUUUCGGGUUUGAAGAUGGCAGGACUUGGAUUGGGCAUAGAGGUCCAUAUUAAGGAGAUUCCUGUCAGUUAUGCAAAAUCCCAACAAGUCAUUGAUGAUAUCUGGCAGACAAUGACUCCAAAGGUUGUUAUCCAUUUGGGCAUAGCUCCAGGAGCCAAAGGCAUCACACUGGAGCAAACAGGGAAGAACCACUGCUACAAAGACAGGGAUGUGAGUGGUCUGUGCCCUGAUCGUCACUGCUGCAUUGAGGGAGGACCAGAACGACUGGACUCCAUCAUAGACAUGAGGUCUCUUAGCAAGCAUUUAAAAAGUAUGGGGCUUGAUGUCAUCUACUCUAGGGACGCUGGGAGGUACCUGUGUGAUUUUGUAUACUAUUAUUCGCUGUACCGUGGGCAGGGAAAGGCUGCGCUGAUCCAUGUGCCAGCGUCAGGCAGCCUGGCAAGCCCAGAGAGACUGGUACCACAACUCCAGACCGUCAUCCAGGCUGUGUUACGCCAGCUGGACCGCCCUGCACACACAACCUCAGGACAGGUAGAAAACAAUAAAGAAAACAUCCUCCACAAAACAUAAUCCCAUCACCGAUUACAUGGCGGAAAUGCAAUAAGUGACACUCGACACAGGCGUUCAGACUCGUUCAUUUUUUAAUUCAAAAUUUAAGAAAAAAAGAAAAUACAUGAAAAUUCUUCAGAUAUACAUUAAGCCAAUGGCAUGUAAAACGUCUACCAUCUCAACUGGUGGUGAGGAGAAAACUGAAAAACAGGAGGCCUUAGAUACAUAACUUACAAGAAGACGAGAGUACCAGCCAAGCCGUUUCACCAUCAGUUUCUACCAAGCAAUGCAGGGACACAGAGAUUUUUAUUUUUCCUAAUUUUUCGUUUCUUUUUUUGUGAAAGGAAAAUAAAAAGUGUUAUUAAACUCUUUUCAGUACAGUAGAUCAAGGCCCCUUUUGAAAUUUGUCGGAAUGCCAAGCAAAAACAACAGUGCCUGGGAAAUGAUGUCUGAAACCUCAAGCUCAUUAUUGCAAUUAAAAUGCAUACAUGCAUCUUUUCUAAACCUGAGGUUAUGCCUUAUGAAGAAAUAGAAUAAAGUAAUAAUAGUUCUUAUGAUAGUUGGGGAAAAAAAUCUUUCAGUCAAUCUACCUUCAGGUUUGCAGAAAACUUGCAUUGCAACAUAAGCUAUUUCUACUGUAAACUUGUCUCUUUUUAUUUUAAAUUCUAGUCAUGUUCUCUCUCUCUGUGUCAUGACUACCCGUAAUCUACUGGACAUCGCUGUCCUAUUUGUGUCUGUGUAUAUGUGUGUUUCUGUAGAUCUGUAACCUACUGGUAACUAAGGAACCUUGGCAGCAUUCAAUGAAAACUGACAUUCACUUUGCAACAGGCCAAUGCUUUUGUCCAUAUUCAUUACAGAAAGAAAAAAAGAAACAAAAAUAAAUAGUGAUAUCUAUUAUUUUCCCAUUAUAAACACAUCAAAAUCUUAAUCACUACAUCUACAUGUGAUACACUCCCACCCAUAUACAUACGCAACGAUACAAGCACAAGGGCUUUUAUAGAAUGGUUAUUUCGAUCAUCUUGUUGUACCACACAGAAUAAUAUUCUUUUCAAACAAUGUGCCUCUCAGCAACCCGACCAGGUCUUUUCCUGCAAGCGCCCUUGUUUCCAACCCCUGGAGUUCAAAAGAUCCAAAAUAUUAAAGUCAAAGAACAUUUUUAAGUGCCAUGAAACAGAAGGACCAGGGGCAGUAAGACCGUGACUUUCUCGGAAUCCACUUUGCAUUUUAAUUGUCUGACCCAUUGUGUUUUUUUAAUGGUUAUUUAGAGAGAAAGCAUGUUGCUGAGAUCCACCGCCUACCCAAUGCUAUUGGAAAGACUAUUUGUAGUCUCUGUAAAGCAGCAUGUUGUCAGCAGCAGUAGAAAAGAGAGGCAAAACGACAGCCCUUUCUCUCUCUAGAGAAUGAUGUCGAUGAACACGAUGACAACAAUUGGCCCUUUCUAUAUACUCACUAGACACGUGGAGUGCAUCUGACCAAACAAAUCAGCUGGAAUGUUUUUCCAGGUAGGUUUAUGAGAAGGGAAAAAAAUCCACUGGUUUGUUGUAAGAAAGUGUUACAAAAUCCACAUUAUGCAUUCAACUGUUAGAUGCUUUGGCCAAAAGGUUAAAAAAAAUUAUCUGAUUGUAAAAAAAACAGUGGUAUUUAUAAACUAGGUGAAGUUAUCGGUGUGCAUUAAAGUCACCUUCAAUUAUAGGCUACUGAAAAAAGUAGGAGACCCAACAUUUUUGUGCAGAAGCACAGUGUGUCUGAGAAGGGCAUGCUGGGAAACAGGAUGUCCAGUGCCAUGAUCUCUGUCGAUGCUGCAGAUGAGUUACUAAAUAAGAUCAUGUAAGCUAAUGAAAUUUAAUGGGGAAAAAAAUCAUGUAGUUUUUCUUGUUGGCUUAACUGUGAUGUAAUGUUAAUUACAUGAAUUACACUUCAUGUGACUUUUCUUGCUGCAACUGUUUUGAUUUGUCAGCAUUUGCAUUCUUGACUUGCUCUCCUAAACCUUUACGAACAGUUUAAUCUAUUAGAUGGUGGAUAAGGAGAGAUCACUGAAAAAGAAUAUUAAAUACAGAGGAAAAACACUGACAGCAACUAUGUUUUAUCUGUGGUCCAUCAUGUUGAAACCAUCUGGUGAAUUAGGCAUUUUAAUAUGAUUAUUUAAAAAGUACUGCAGCUUGAUUGAAAGCAGUGGGAUUUUUGUGUUGCUGGGCAUGUGAUAAGAGAUGCAAGCGACACGCCAUUAUGAAUCUCAUAGGCAUGUAAGCUCACACCAUGACGUCCUCUCUCUCCAUUCCUGGGAGUUUGUGCUUUGUGGUGCUUAAAGAGUUUUUUUUUUUUUUAAAUCAGAGACAAGACAGAGGAUAAUAAUGUGUCCUCCACAGAAAAAAAGUGAGAUGUAUUUUAUAAUUUCAUCACGUACACAUUUAAAAUAAAAGAGAAUGAGGUAGAUAGAUGCUGAAGGAAAUGAAAAAAGAAAGUCCCCCAGUCAUGACAUCAUGCAUGUAGAAUUCAGACUUUAUACUAAAUCUUAAGGGCAUUUGUACAGUGAUUUCAACUGGUAUCACCAAAAAAAAAAGAAAGAAAAGAAAUAAAUACCCCUUCAAAGGGGGGAAAUAACCUUCUAAGACAGGAUAAAUAAGUCCUGGGUAACAUUCCCAAAUGCACAUGGAGAAAUCCUUCAAAAUGAAACUUUUUAAAGCCAACUGGCCAGGAAACCUACAGUUUUAUUUAGCAUUCUUUGAGCAAACCGAUCACUUUUCUGAAUUUGAACCCAUUCUUAUUUGUUUGGUUACAGAUGGCGUAUUUCAUCAGGAAGGUUAGUGCUCGUUGCAUGGAUUUAUAAAGUCGACGUGGGUUGUGCGUGACACUAAAGCAGAUUAUGAACGUAUUUUGUUUGGAGGCAUUACAGGCUGGUUGGGGUAUGCGAGACAAAUUAAGACAACCCAAUUAGCCCUGUUAGUUGCUAUUCAGUUACAUGGAUGGGUUCUAAAAAUUGUCUAUGAGGGUAAAGAAACGUCAAUGAAACCUUCUAUGACGAUGCCUGGCAGGAGGCAUGAGCACAGACACUGAGAUACUGUACAGUUUACUACACUGUAAGGAGAGGCCAGCAACCUAAAAAAGCAGAGGAGGAAUCAACUAUGAUGCGUAUGUCUGGAGAACAAAACCAUAACAUUAACCUGAGAUUGAGCUGCACCACAUGAGCAGGUGCAAUGGUAGACAACUGUAUCAAGGAAGCCUAAAGUUCACAUGCAGAGCUAAAGAGUUUGUAGUAACUAAUAAUAAUAAUAUAGUUAGAAAACACAAGGCAAUGGACAUGUGGCAAUGCAGACAACCUCUUAGGGAGAAAAAAAC